AUGGACCCUGAUUUCCAUCGUCUUCGCCCUCGAGGCUAUCAGAAUCCACAGUUCCAGCCUGCGAUGACGUCGCACUCCCAGCCCUCUCACCGGUCAACCUACUAUGCUUUCAGCUCGCCGGGGCCCAUCACUUCAGCAGGUCCGAUACCAAUCACACACGAUGCAAACGAGUUCUACCAACAGGUGCCACACCACGACAGGCUUCAGUUUGCUGGGAAUGGAAAUACGCUUCACUACGCUACUGCUUCCCAGAACCUCCACUACCAGCUUCAAAUGGGUGAUGCUGAAUACGAGCCGGCCCCGCGCCACUCGUGGCAGGUGCCGCCCUCACACCACCAGGGAAGAGACGACCAGGAAGGCGAGCGAAAGCACACCCCCGAUCAAGAGCCCCGAGGCAGGAAGCGCCACCAAAGAUCGCACAGCACACGAUUACGCAGCAAAGAACGACCAGACAGCGAGCCCCACCGCUCACUUGCGCCAUUGAAACCAAAGCGAGGUUUUUUUCGAGCCGCCUCGCGACUGCGCAAAACUCGACCGCCAUCUGACGGGUUUCUACGGACAGCAGAGAGGCCGCCUGCAGACUUCUUGGCCCCAUCGCAUGAGCCCGGUCAUGCCCCGAAGAUCGACUUGGAAAAGUAUCGAUACGAUGGCCACGAUAGAUACGGCACGGCGCCCCCGCGGGAAAGACAAGCACACUCGCCGGUCCCGACACUAGCCACUCCUCCGGGCCGUCGCUCAACCUCUAGAGGUGACAGGCGGAACGCAAGCUAUCACAAGACGCGUGUAUCGUAUUCCACGCGUGCAGAAGUGCCCCAUCGCGCCCACCGGGCACAAUCGCGGAAUCCUAGUGCCCAGCUAUCUAGCCUUACCCGGACAAGCCCUACACGCAACACAGCAGGUGACCGCCCGUAUUCAAGGUCAGGCCUGACGGAUUUCGACGAGGAUGUAGAGAUACCGAGGAUGAAUGGGUUGCUUGACAUCUGGGACUCGACGGAUAAUCCAAACUGGGAGGAAGAGACCUUUGCGCUCUGCGACUUGGAACACUGCCGUCGCUGUGGGAAAUACUUCGUGCUGAUGAGGACGAUUGGACACAGAUGUCGCAGAUGA